CCAAAAUCUUCCCCGCCCUUCCUUGUCGCGGCCAUCAAUUCCGUGCUCUCUCUAUCUGUUCAGCACAUCGAGAAGAUCUCUCUCUGAUCACAAGAAACGCAACCAAGAACCACCCAACCGAUUUUCAUGGCGGUUGAAGCACGCCCCAUCAAUCUUUUCCCUUCCACCCCCCACUUCAUAACAAACAGAGAUUUCAUCGACCCCAACACUCCCACCGCGCCGCCGCUUCAUUCUCUUACUUUUCCGAUGUAUGGAAACCCCGAUACUGGACUCACCUCUACUCCGUCGAGGAAACGAGCCAGAUGCUCUGUUUAUGACGAAUCUCCGCCGAGGUUGUUUGAUCAAGAAAUGAUCAUCUCUCAUAUUGAACACCAACGCUCUGAAAUCGAUCGGUUCAUUGCAAUUCAUACGGAGAAGGUGAUGAUGGAAAUGGAGGAAAGAAAACAGAGGCAAUCGAGAAUGUUGGUGAGCGCCAUUGAAGACAGAGUAGUGAAGAAAUUAAAGGAGAAAGAGGAGGAAAUUGAAAGAAUGGGAAAACUGAAUUGGGUUUUGCAAGAGAGAGUUAAACACCUCAGCUUGGAGAAUCAACAAUGGCGGAAUUUAGCAGAGACGAACGAAGCUACCCUCAACUCUCUCAGGACUAAUUUGGAGCAGGUUUUAAUGGCGAACGCCGGCGAGGAGGCGGCGGCGGUGGCCGAUGAUGCAGAGUCGAGCUGUGGGAGUAGUUACUCCGGCGGUGGAGGAGGGCGGUGCCGGAAGUGUGGUGCGGCGGAGUCGAGGGUGCUGGUUUUGCCGUGCCGGCAUCUGUGUUUGUGUACAAUAUGUGGGUCCAGACUCCAUACUUGUCCUGUGUGUAAUUCGGCCAUUAAUGCGAGUGUUCAUGUUAAUUUUUCUUGAAA